AUAUUUCUUUUAUCGCAAAUCUAACACUCAAUUAUGUUAAAUUUUAGGUUUGCUUUAGAAAUUUAUUUAGCGGAAGAGCCUAAGUAAAACACCGGGAACAGGAAUGUUUAAUUGCAAUUAAGCACUUAAUUUGCGUUUUGUUUGAGAAUAUCUUGAGUGUGAGAACUUUUUUUUACACAUGCAAAAAUUGUUACCAAAGUCCACUUUGUUGCCGGAUGAUUGCAAAAGAGUAUGAAACGUUUUACGAACGCGCGCGUUUUGCGAACACGGGACGGUAUAAGUAAUGACGAUAAUUAACUUCGGUCGAGGUUCGACAAGCGAAAUAAAUGGAAGAAUGUGCUAAUGCAACGAAGAACUGCACAACCGUGCGGACUGUCGAAUAAAUCUCGCAAACAUUCAACGUCGUGAAAUAAAAUGACACAUGCUGUAAAACUGGUUGCGUUUCGCAUUGUGUGUGAAAACACACAAACGUCUUGCGUAUUAUAUCCGCGGGAUAAUAAAUCGCGCGUUUUGUGCGCUAUUUGCGCGGGAAGUAAUCGUCUUCAAAUAUACACGAGAACGAACGGACGACAAUAUUUGCAAUUGAACUAGAUCGUGUGUAAACGUUAAGCUGAUUGAUUAAUUGCUCUGCGUCUCGUUUGCAAAACGCGAUGGUGCAAAAGAUGACGAGAGAACCGUCGACGUAUGGCCCCGUCAGUCGACCGUGUCCAGUUAAGAUGAAGAACACACUUCUGCCAGCUUUGCUUCACCUAUGUUGGACUUCUCUCCCGGAAGUAUGCUCUUCGAGUUUGUUCAGCGAUGAUGUCAACAAUUGCACUAUGACAUCAAGACUAAUUCUACCGGAUCAUUACGUUAAAGAAAUUAGACCGCCGUCGGAAAAAGGUGCACCUGUAGUAGUGAAUUUCAACAUUUUAGUAGUCGAUAUUAAUUCUAUCAACGUUGAGGACAUGGAUUUUCGUGUAGACAUGUUUGUCAGUCAGAGUUGGAUAGAAUCCCGUCUUGAUACGCCUCAAGAUAUAUUCGAAGAAGACGACGAUUACGUCAUACUUCCUCCAGAAUUCUUCGACAAUCUUUGGCAACCCGAUCCGUAUUUUUUGAACUCAAAAGUUUCCGAGAUCGCGACCUUAAGCCAUAAAUUUUCAUUGGUUACAUUGUACCGGAACAAAACCGUUAAAUAUUCCGCGCGAAUCAACGCUAUCGUUGCCUGUCAAAUGGAAUUUCAGUUGUAUCCGAUGGAUAUUCAAAUUUGUCCGAUUUAUAUAGAAAGCUUUUCCUACAACAGAAAAAAGUUGCGUUUACAGUGGGUCGCGGGUGGUGUCACGGUGAAUCCCGAAUUAAAACUGCUGCAAUACGACAUCGGAAAACCCGCGGUACUCGAAGAAACCAUAGAUUACAUGAUUGAAAAAAAUGGAAACUUUUCGCGACUAGUGGUCUUCUUUCGUUUCGAAAGGCAGAUCGGUCAUCACUUGAUACAGACGUUCGCGCCGUCAACUCUGGUCGUGAUGCUCUCCUGGUUCAGCUUCUGGCUGGGCUUGGACGCGAUUCCUGGUCGAGUGGCUCUUCUGGUCACAAGUAUGCUUACACUGGUGACUAUGUUCACCGGUCUGAAGAGCGAUAUUCCACCCGUAGCUUACAUCAAGGCAUUAGAUGUCUGGAUGGCCGGUUGUAUGAUGUUUGUAUUCGCAGCUUUGGGAGAAUUUGUUGUGGUCAAGGUGCUCGAUUUACGUCACGUAGAGAAAGACUCGCAGAAUCCUCGCUCGGUCUCGCGAAUAACGGCGACGGAAAAAACACAAAACUUGUGGAACGAUGAGUUCACUUACGCAACCAAACCGAAGAAGAAGCGAACUAGUCGAUAUUUGUUACCGAUCACGUGGUUGGAUCCUAAGUGCCAGAUAAUGCAACCGCGCAAAACACGCUCUCAGAAAAUAGAUUGCUACAGCAGAGUUGUGUUUCCCAUACUGUUCUUGCUUUUCGUCGUUUUAUAUUGGCCGCUAGUAUUGCUCAAAAAAGCACCGUGAAUCGAUUCUGAGUAUUAGUCAUUUUG